GCUUGUUGUAAUAACUUUACGUGUUUGUAAAACACAGGAAAACUUCCCGUCAGGAUGUUUUCCCCGUAGGGGUUUUGCGGCCAAGAAAAUAGCUUAAAAGAGAUGUAAAAUGUUUUCGCGGGGCGGUAAUCCUGUGGAAGGCUGUCAUGCUGCCCGGCCGCGCGGCGACUUGGUAAUGGUUAGAAUUUUUACAGAGUCUUAAGGCGUGAUCAUCUUCCGUACUGACGAUGAGGAUGCUACACAUCGUCCUGGUGCUCCUGCAGCUGGGAAGCAGCAGACAACAUCGACCGCUACCUGAAGGAGCAGUGGGGGUGGUUGCGGGAGCGCAUUUCGAGCCGAUACCUCAGGUAACAUUGUACACUUCAUCGGUACCAGUAAAUUUUAAGGUUGCUUGGCCAAUGCAAUUAGAUGACAUUCAGGAUAGUAUCAAAGAAAUCACUUCUUGUCCCUCCAAUAGUUCAAGUGAAUGGUGUGUUAUUUUCAAAGAAUUAAAACAUAGCUUAAUUUAUACUGACAUGCUAAUUAAUAAGGUAAACGAAGCAGCAGGGGAUGACGUAUUGGAUUUUCAGUCUCAAGUUCGGGAAAGACGAGGGUUAAAUUUCAUUGGAGAGUUUUUUCAUUGGUGUUGUGACAUUGCCGUCAAUAGUCAAUUGAAUAAUCUUUUCCUAAAUGAACAACAAAUGUCAGAACACAUAAACAAGAUGGAAUCACAAAUUUUAAACACUCAUGAGGCACUGGCAAAUAUGAGCAACACUAUUUUUGUUAUAAACGAGGGAAUGACCGGAAUUCUAAAAAGAGUACAAUCAAAAUUCACAAAUUUGUCUGAUUACUUAAAAGACCUCCGAGAGACUAUGGUGACUAAGUUUUCAGGAAUGGUUCAAGACAUAGGACAUUCAUUCCAGUUUCAGGUACUGUUGGCCUCUCAAUUAGCCAAACAAGCGCAUACAUUUACAAGACUAGAGAUUCUGGACCAGUGCCAGUCAAAUAAAAUACCUGCCAUUGUAGUUACACCAGCUCAAUUGAAAGAGAAAUUAAAUAUGCUAAAUGAAAUUCUUAAUAGGGAUGGUUAUGCGUUGUCCAUAAGUGUAUCAGAAGUUCAGAAAUAUUUUAAUUUACCCAUUUGUAAAUGUCAAGUCCACAAGGAAAAUUUAUACCUUCAAAUUAAAGUACCAAUUGUUAAACUAAAUUCCAAUUGGAGAUUGUUUCAGUUCGUCGCAGUCCCAUUUCAGUGGAAGAACUCAACUUGUCAUUUGGAUCAUGCUCCGAAUUUUCUGGCAGUGGAUGGAGACCAUCUAAUCACUAUUCAGGGUAGAAAUUUAUUAGAUUGUAGACCAUUUGAAGAUAAAUUGUGUUUUGUUCCCAGGUUCUCCGGAGAUACCCUAGGUAGUGCUUUGUGUCCAAAGGCUCUUUUUCAGGGGAUUACCGUUGAAAUCUUAGUACCACAUGUGCGUUUCUAUGCCAUUCCGGAAACCAACUGAUGAUCACCCAGGCUGGACCAGAGCGGUACUUCCUAACAAACCCGUCAGGAAAAUUAGACUUGCAAUGCAUGAAACAUAACAAUGAAUCUUUAUUUUUAGGAAGUGGAGACAUCCUCGGAGCUGUAGAUAUAGAAGUACCGUGUGAUUGUCGUUUGUAUUUAAACCAAGAACUUAAAAUUAACGAGUUGUAUCCAUGUGAUGCGUUAACAAAAUCUAAAUUUCAAUUGGUACAUGUAAUACCAGCUGCUUGGACGAAGUUACGUAAAUUGAAAAUUUUCCCUCAUCCUACGUCAACACAUACAGUUUUUCCAUCCUUAAUGGAUUGUUUAGAUGAAAAUUGGCCAACUCUAAUACCACAUUUAAAUUUUUCUUUGACAAAGUUUGAAACCCCUUUAGACCCGAUUCAUUUAAGAGAACCAGAAAACGUACCAAGAUUUGUAAUGAAAAACUUACAGAGUAUUGCGCUUUCCAUUGUAAGUAGUGUAUUAUUAUUUAUUAUUAUUAAAAAUCCAUAUCUAGUAGGUAUUGGAACGCUACCAAGAGUAUCCGCCUUGGACAAUGUUACUACCCUUGGCAUAGAAAUAAGUGUAACUGUAAUUACUAUAUUGGUAAUAGUUGGAAUGUUUUUAGUUCUGUUAUUAAAAUAUCUGAGAAAUCGGAAACCCCUCAGUAUGUCUGUAGAAAUCUCGACUACAGUAGAAAAUGCUGUUCCUUCUACCAGUGGAAAGGUAGAAUUAAAAGACAUACUAGCCAGAGAUAAUGGUUGUGUAGCUAAGUUAUCCAGUGAAACUGGGGAGGAAUUGAAAGUAACCAUUUCCAUUUGUGAUGAUCAGUAGUGAAUGAAUUUUGUUCAAUGUAAAGCUUUACCUACGAUUAGAAAAAAUAGAAUUUGAUUAAUGUUUAUGUGAAGGGGCAUGCGCCCAUAAAUAAUUUUUAUAGAACCAAAUAACGAUGGAGGGAGAAUACCAGGUUCAAUAAGGGGAAUUAUGACGUCAGGACUAAUCAUUGAGAAAGUGGGUGGGAUCCUUUCCGUAUUCCCAUUUUCCACCAUAAACCCCCCCCCCCCUUUGUGUU